AUGGAGCACCACGAAUCCGCGACGUUAAUGACUGCAAACGACGACGAACGCGUCGCGCUGCUUCUCAAAAGCGGCAGUAAAAGAAUGAUGACACCCGUAUCGUCAUCAUUCACACAAAAAAGAACCGCCGCUCCAACGAUGAAAGCGGUAUCGAUCGCGUGCUUCGUCUGUUUCUGCGCAUUCGCAUUCGUGAGUCGUAAUCACCCUUUGAAGACGUAUUUGGAAAAUCGACUCAUCGUGCAAACGCUCGGGGUGAAACCAAGCGACGUGGCGUCGUCGUCAUCGUGCGAAAAUAUCGUGGAACGAGAGACACAAGCGAUGACGUUUUACGCGACGGAUUUAUUCGGGUGGUCGCCGUUCGUGGAGACGAGAUUGGACGCGUCGUACAAGAGGCGAAGUUUGAAAUACUCUUUGAGUAGGAGCUCGGCGAGCGCGGCGGAGAGCUCGGAGCCGUCUGAAAAGGAAGAAGAAGAAGAAGACGACGAAGACGAAAUGGUGGCAAUCGCGAGUCCGACGGAAAUUGAGAACGAGGUUGGUGGGACGGACACGUCGGAAGACGAGAGAGGGGAGAGGCAGCAGCAACAGUUGGUCGUCACCGGGAGCGAAGAAGAAGAAGAGGUAGAAGGAGAAAAGGCUGCGACGACGACAGCGACGACGACUGACGAAGAUAAUAACGAUGCACCCGAUGACGAUGAAUCAACCGCAAAGACGACGAGUGAAAACGAAGAAGACGGAGAAAGCUCCGUGGGAAGAAAAGAAGUGCGAGAAUACGAAAACGAAGACGAAGAGAGCACCGAAAAAGCCGCCGCGGAGAAGUUGGUAAACGCGAAAGAGCUGCUCUUUGUUCCUCCAGACAAGACGCCGUACAGGUAUGCGUUCAUCGAUUGGUUAAAGCCGGCGUUACAGGACGAUCCGCGGAUUGCGAAUCACAUCAAUGAUGCCGAUAUGGUGUUGUUUACGGAUUCAUUCGCGGAUGCGAAUCCGUACAUGGCGAAGUUUUUACACGAAAACGACGUCGAGGACGAAGAAUCGCGAGCGAAAUGGUGGUCGGAGCAAAAAGACAACUCGAAAGUGUUGGCGCAAAACUUGUUCUCGAGAAUGUCCAAGGAAAAAGAUCAAGCGAGCAGAGCGGUUGCAUUUUCGAACUUUUUGUUCCCGUCUGAGCGUUUUAUUUUGCGUGAAAAAGACGAGAUUGGAGUGCCGGAAUACGCGCAGGUCGGCAGCGACGCCGUGGUGGGCGAUAACAAGAAGAAUUCGAACGUCUUCAUAGCUGUAACGGAUGUUUCGCCGGCGCAUAUUUGGGAAAAAGCGUACAAGACGAACGGUAUUGCCAUGCUCGUGCCUUUUACCGCGAAUUCGGACAUUGCUCGAGCAUCGCUGAAGUUGAAAAAUAUUUUUUUCUACGAGCGCGAACGACCGGAAAUGUUUUACACCGGCGACUUGGAGUUUCUUCACGACACCAUGCAAGCGCCGAUGAAAAACUUAAUCAGCGCAGAAGGUCAGAACAUCCACUUGGGUAAAUCGAAAUCGUUGAACUCCGAUAACGACGUCAAAGAUUACGCCGAAGGCUCCUUGCGUUCGUCGUUUUGCUGGAUUCCGAGAUCGUACGAUAAGGCGCGAUUUGAGACGUCGACGAGAGUCAUCGACUCGAUUGCAGCCGGCUGCAUCCCAGUCGUUGUCGUUGAUUCGAUCGCGGAGUCUCUCCCAUUUAAGUGGGCGGUGGAUUAUAAAUCUUUCAUGUUGCAAGUGCCGGAAAAUAUCUUCGUGGAGAACCCGUUGGAAGUCGCGGAGGCGGUUUCUAAAAUUUCAUCCAACGCGUUGCAAGCGAUGCGCUCGAAAAUGUUGAACGCGAGAGCGAAACUCGUCUGGAACGACCGAAACGAUGCCGGGGAUGCGUGCGAUAAAGAUACGGGUCGAUGCUCGUUAGCGCCGAAAUUAUUUUUGGACGAGAUAUUGUAUCGCGUGAAGCAAAAUAACGCGGAGAUUCAAUCCGCCAUGUGCGACAGACGCACGGACGGAGAUGGGAGCUCAGAUUGGGUCGAUGGCGGCGUGUGGACUGGCGAGAAACUCUGUGCACCGUGGUUGGCAAAGACUGGAUUGUGCAAAGCCUCAAAGAAAGAUUCAGAACGCGAAGAGAGAGAAGAGAGUGCGUCAUCGAAGGAGGAGGACGGGGGAGAAACAGCCGCGGAGAAGGCCGUUGACGCCACCACCAAUGAAGAAACAGACGAAAAAGCUAAAGCUCCGGAAUCUGGAGGAGAAGAACAGGUUGACGAAAAAGAAGAAAAAGAAGAAGAAGAAGAAGAAGAAGAAGAAGCUGGGUCCAGCAACAGUUUUGACAUCAACGAAGAACUCGAAGCGGCGAUUUCGGGGAAGUCUCGAGCGGAAAAAAUGGAAGAAAUCGAAGCGGAACAAAAGGCCGCCUCGGAAAAGGAGAACCUCAAGAAGGCGCGGAAAGAAUCCGAACGCAAACAAAUCGAGGAAGCAUUGAAACGCCAAGAGGACGGAAACUACGAGUUGGAGGAGGAAAAGUCAAUAAAAAAAGAAGAUUUGAAGGAAGAAAUCGAGGAACAACCUGAAACGGCGGAGGAAAAGAUGGACACGAGCGCUAUGGAGAGCAGCAUCGAGGAUGAAAUCGCGGCGACGGUACAACCAGAAGCUAAGAUUAGUACGCCUUCGAACGACUCAAUCGCGAGUGAGGGAGAAGAAGAAGAAGCCGGUUCUGAUGUAAAAAAGGAGAGCGACGACGAGCAGGAAGCGAGAGAAGAAGAGGAACGCAACACGAGCGCGAUGGAAAGCGAGAUGGAAAGCAACAUCGAGGACGAAAUUGCCGCGACGGUACAACCAUCCGCCGUAAUCACCAGUGCUGCUGCCGAAGAAAGUAGCGAAGAAGAAAAAGAAACAGGAGGUGAAGAAGAACAACAGAAGGAGAAAACGCCCGAGGAAGAAGCGCAAGAUCUCGCCGAGGACUUCGCCUCCGCCUCCGAUUCCGGCCAAGACUCCAAAUCCUUCGGCGAAGACUUGUACAACAAACUCAUGGGCGGCAACUCCAUCAAGAGUGCCACCACCGACGAUAGUACAACGUCAUCAUCACCAACAUCUAGCGCCUCAACGGAAGACAACACCGGCAUCGAUUUAGACCAGUUCGAGACUUCGUCCAAAAAAGCCUCGGACGUCGAGGACGGAGACCCCGACGGCGACGACGACGCUUCGCGCGACGACGCCGAGGACGGCUGGUCCAGCUCUUUGGACAACGAAUCCUACUAA